ACAAAAACAGACACAGGAUGGAACAAGAACUGAAGAGCCUGUGGUCAGAGACCAGAGAGUUGAGCCUGGGAUCAUCCAUUGAUCGUCUGGACUCAGCUCCGUCUCCUCUCCAUUUCCUAAGAGACUACGUCUCCGCUAACAAGCCCUGCAUCAUCUCAAGCUCCGCCACUCGUCAUUGGCCGGCCAUCUCCAACGCUCUCUGGUCCAACGACGCCUAUCUCCGCCACACCGUUGCUUCCACCACUGUCUCCGUCCACCUCACCCCUCACGGCCGCGCAGACUCUGUCGUUCCCCUCCCCAACAAGAGCCUAUGCUUCGCCUCCGCCUGUGUGCGCCCAAUGCCCUUCUCGGACGCGCUGGAUCUCAUCACUUCCAGCGGCUCGCCCACUUCCCCUGUCGUAGCCUAUGCGCAACAGCAAAACAACUGCUUUCACGAAGAGUACUCAGCGCUGGCUUCGGACGUGGAUCCUCACAUCCCGUGGGCAACCGAGGCUCUCGGCUGCCUUCCCGAAGCCGUCAAUCUCUGGAUCGGUAAUGGCCGGUCCGAGACCUCCUUCCACAAGGACCACUACGAGAACAUCUACGCUGUGAUCACUGGAGAGAAACACUUUCUGCUCCUCCCUCCAACUGAACUCCAUCGUCUAUAUGUCCGACCUUACCCCGCUGCCAGCUAUUCAUCCUUAUCUCCGAUAACAGAUGGGCUGAGACUGGAAUUGGAGCAGCCUGAGAGAUUAGUGCCUUGGUGCAGCGUCGACCCUUACCCUCCUACCAAUGAAGCCAUGGAUGAGCAAAUGUCAGCCUUUCCUCUCUACUUCCAGGGGCCGAAGCCGUUCCAAUGCACUAUCAAGGCUGGAGAAAUUCUAUACCUGCCUAGCAUGUGGUUUCAUCACGUAAGCCAAACUCCAGACCAUAAUGGCCGCACCAUUGCUGUCAACUACUGGUAUGAUAUGCAGUUUGAUAUCAAGUACGCAUACUUCAAUUUUUUGUGUUCCAUUGAAUACCCUCCAACUUCAGAGGAGAUGAAGAACCAUGAUGCUCAUUCACCAGCUUCUGAUCCUUGAGCGUUUUUGAUGUUCAUCAUUUCAUGGAUCAAAAUUUGCAUUGAAGAUCAAACAACAUGGUUUUGGAAAAAUCAUUUUGGUUGUGUUGGUUUUUUUUUUUUAAUCUCUUGGGUUUUGAUUUCAUCAUUUAAGCCCAUGCUCUUUGAGUUGGUUUUCAAUUCUAUCCCGAACUUGUUAUA